CAGUUGGCCAAACGUUGACGUGUUUACUGAGUUCGUGAAAAGUUGUACAAGUUACCAAACGUCUCUGACUCCGAUGUGCCAGUAAAUGACUUGUGCACAUGGGAACUCCUCAAAGAAGGACAAAGGAAUACAAUUUUUCUUUAGCGACAGCUGUCGGCUCUAUACACACGCACGCGUAUAAAUGUUGUGUGUGUGUUAAAGUAAAAAAAACUCAUCACGGGAACAAGAAACCACUCGUCUCCACGCACAAAGAGCACGCUGUCUCUCGGACAAAAUGCACAAGACGAUUUUGUUUAAACGUGUAACUUGUCGUUCGUCGGCAAUGGGACAUGUGACAAUAAUGGUGGCGAUGAUGGGGGGUGGGCUAGCGAGAUCUUUCUCUCUCUCAUUCUAGCCCCAUCCUCUCAAUUCCCUCCCUCUCUACCACCCGUCCGCUGAUUUAUAGAACACGAGGGUGGGUGGGGAAGGCGAUAGGGCUUUGGUUGGCUUAGGCUGGCUGGGAAUGGGUUGGUAGCCUGGUUGGCUGUCUCUUUGGGCUGGCGGGGACGGAGGGCUGAAAAGGAAUCGCCUCUCCGGGAGUCCCGUGGACAGAGCGUGAUGCCGAAAGACGGUGGGGAGCCGAGCGAGACCGAUGCCCUCAUUUUCGAGGAGAAAGGACCCUCUGGUCACAAGGAGCCCUGGCUACUGCUGGGCGCCAUGUGCUUCUCGGCCGGGAUCGGAGGCGGCUUUCAGUAUGGCUUCAACGUGGCGGUCAUCAGCGCCCCCACGGGGUUCAUCCAGAGGUUUGUCAACGUCACCCACGCGCGCCUCUGGGCCUCCCCACUGAGCGGACACGAGCUCACGCUGCUGUGGUCAAUCAUCGUGUCCAUUUUCACGCUCGGCUGCUUCCUGGGCGCCUUGCUCGCCGGUUCGCUCUCCCGUCGCAUGGGCAGGAGAGGCACUCUGCUCUUCAACAACGUGUUUGCGCUGCUGGGCGCCGCACUCAUGUGGGGCUCCCACCCCGCCGCCUCCUAUGAGAUCCUCAUCGUGGGACGCCUGCUCGCCGGGGUCAACGCUGGCAUGGGGCUGAAUCUGCAGCCCAUGUACCUGGGUGAGAGUGCCCCACAGCGGCUGCGGGGGGCCCUGUCCCUGUCCUGCAUCGUGUUCCUCACGCUGGGCAUCGUGGUAGCGCAGGUGGCAAGUCUGCGGGAGGUGCUGGGCAGCGAGAAGGAGUGGCCGCUGCUGCUGGGCCUCACGGCGCUGCCGGCGCUCGUGCAGCUCGCCACGCUGCCCGCCUUCCCCGAGAGCCCGCGGUUUCUGCUCAUCGACCGCGGAGACCGCCACGGCGCGUUGGCCGCCCUGCGCCGUCUCCGUGGCCCUGGCACCGACCUGAGGAGCGAGCUGCAGGACAUGGAGGCCGAGAGGCAGGCUGUGGCCGGGCGGCCGGUGUCUCUGCUCAAGCUGCUGCAAGACCGCUCCGUACGCUGGCAGAUCACCUCCAUCGUGGUGCUGAGCGCCGGCCAGCAGCUCAGCGGCCUCACAGCGCUCUACUCGUACGCCGAGUACGUGUUUGUUGCCGCGGGCAUCGCUGCCGAAAGCGUCCCCUACGUGAACCUCGGCACGGGGCUCUGCGAACUCUUCACCGCCACUUGCUGUGGGAUGUUGGUGGAACGCACGGGCCGGAGGAAGCUGCUGGUUGCUGGCUACCUCGCCAUGGCUGUCUGCUGCUGCAUCAACACACUGUCUCUGGCCCUCCUGGAACGCGUUUCAUGGAUGCCCUACCUGAGCGUGGCCAGCAUCUUUGCCUAUAUCCUCAGCUUCGGCAUCGGCCCCGACGGCUGUGCAGAUGGCAAGUCUCUGGUUCCCACAUUGGUCGCACGUGUGGCUUGAUCCAGCCUGUGGAGAGUUUAAUCGAUUACGAAGUUCACAAGGUUGUAUUUUUGUCUCGGUUGUGCGGCUACGUCUCUCAAGCUGCGCCCUGAAACACGUAGCCCAGGGUUUCCCAAAUUCCAGCUGUCGCAACACGCUACGUCUUUCCACGUUUACCAAUUUUAUCCCCCCCCCCCAUUCUAAUAAACUCGUUGCAUGCUGCCCACGCCUGAUGAUUGUGAAACUCGUCCCAAGUGACCACGCUGAGCAAUUAAUGCUGACAUGACAAUGUCAAUUUUAAUCGGUUUUAUUAAUGCGGACAGUGUUAAUUGCUUUGCGUAUCACGUGAGACGUGUUUAACAAUAAUUUCUAUUUGGAUGGCGUUGGAGUUAAUUUGUAAACGUGUAAAGGCGUAACUUGGUGGGGGGUCGUGUUAAAGUACCCAGUCAACAUGCAACGUUAAGCCAACGUUGCCAUGUGGGUUGAACCGUUGGGCCAACACUGGCACAGCGUUGCAUGUUUAAUCGGUAUUAGCCAUCUCAGAUUUGCUCAUCAGUCAUAAAAAAAUCGAUGAAAAUCAAUGGCAGAUAAACCCAGGAUCUCAACAUCACCACCAGCGCGAUACUUCUACAACUGGUACAUUACCCC